CUAGCAGCCGAGGAGCUAGCUGCUGAGAGCUUGUCGAGCAAACACAACCGUUUUUACUUCUGUUUUUUUUUUUGUCCCGACUGUUUUUUUUUCACAUACGGUUAGGAACCAGAGCGUUGCUUCUUUCCGUUUGUUUUGUUUGAAUAAGAUGGUCGUUUUGACAAAUAACAAUGAAGAACAGGAUUAUAUCCUGAUAGAGGAGCGUAAAUGCACCUCUCUGCCCAGCUCUCCAGCCAAGCGAGUGUCUCCCACCAAAAAGAAGCAGUUCUUUAUCAAUCAAGCCAUCCGCAACUCUGACCUCACUCCCCGAGCCAAAGGCAAGAAGAGCCUCCGCCGACAGGAGAACACACGCUUUCUUGCUAAUCUUCUUGAGAGGGAUGAGUGCUCCAAAGAUGAUCUGGAAGUUUGCAGUAACCCAGCGAUCCCGUCCAUCUUCACUGAGGCCUGCACCAAUGGAAACUAUAUAGAGCCGUGGAAUGACUUCAUGAAUUGCUCCGGUGAGGAGCAGGAGAGGCUGCUGUCUCUGCUGGAGCAGGAAGGGGCCAAGAAGAAAAACACCAACCGGCCCCUCAAAGACGAGAGGAAUGUAAAUCCUGCCUUCAGCGCUCAGGACUGCUUCCAGAGAAUCGAUCGCAGGCUGCGAGCGACUCUCAAACGGAAACAAAUCCCCAUGGGAACUCUGGAAGUACUUGAGGAAAACCUUCUGAGCUUCUUCAUCGCUCAGCCUCACUCAGUUUACACAACAAACCUCGCCAGCAGCUUUGAGAGACUACUGCUUCACGCUGUCUGUCAGUAUAUGGACCUCGUCUCUGCAAGCACCGACUACAAAGGGUCGCGUCGGACUGAAGUGGUGAAUAAACAAGAACAGUUUCUGCCUCCGAUACUUCUGCUGUCUGCCCACUUGGAGCAGAUGAGCUGAGAUCAGGACCACGCCAUGUUUCCCUGUUUCCUCCGCACGGCUCUACUGCGGGCAGGAGCUUUGAGAGAUGUAGAUAAGGUGCGCUAUUUGUAUGUGAUGUCUGUGUAAUGUCCGCAAAGCUCAGAAAACCUUUACUCUGCUUGUUCUCUGGUUUUCUCUUGAAAAUUCUUCAUCAGUUUUAUCCAUAAACAUGUCAGAGUUCGGCAGUGUGUGAACAUGCAAAAUUUUACAUGUUAAACAUUAAAUUUCAUGGUGCAAAUAAUAGCAAGUAACAUAUUAUUAUGUUAAGACAACAUAAAAUAUGUCUCUUCAAUCUUGUCACACCUGUCAUUUCAAGGUAACAAGGUGUCACUUAACGGUUGUUAGUUAUCACAUCCCUAAUGAUUAGUUUUAUUCCUGAUUGCAUUAUGUAAUAUCUCGCAGUAUAACCAGCACCGGAGCAUUUCUCAUGAUCUGACUCACAACCACACGUGACUGUUGAGGUGGGAGCGUUUCCAUGAUCAAGUCAACAGCUCCCACUGACUGGUGAAAAGUAAAUAAUGACCUUAAUAUUUAUUUCAAUAAUGCACAAAUUCAUAUGUAAGGUUAAUGUGCAGCAAGCAGGAAAUUUAUUCACAUGAAGGUCCUGUGUGUGGUUUAUUUUUGCAAUAAUGACCCACUCACUAAACAUUAUCCUUCUUAUUACAGGGCUGCUUUCUUAAGAAAUAUAUAAUUAGACACAAAUUACUAAUUUGAUGUCAUUUUUUUAUAAAGUAUAUUAUUGUAUCCACUUAACUCAGUAAUGAUCAGAAAAAGUCCAUAGCAGUGGUCUGCUAUUCAGAAAUAACAGACUGUUGUAAAUUGACCGAUCAGGAUGGGAAAUACUGACAAUAUCUACCAAAAAAAUAGUGGAGAAUUUACUCGAAACCCAUUUGUAUAAAGUCCCUGUUCAGGCUGUAAGGAAUCUUGUGUUGCUCACGAUGAAUUAAAAACAGGAUAGUUACACACACAUCGCAUAGGUGCAGAGCAUUCAAAAAACAUUCAUGACAUGUUACCUUUUUUGCUCACAAUGAAUGACAUUUUGCUUAAGGUGCUUUGAGGAGGAAUGCAUCAGGAAACACAUCACUGCCUGCGGGAUUUGUCUGGUGAGGUGUGAAGCAUGAAUAUUAAUAAUCUCUCCACAUUAAAUGCACAGACACAUCACUCAUGAUCGUAGGUAAACAAGCAUCAAAGAUGUGAAAUAACAGCCUACGUUACGCUCGGGAAGUAAGUCUUUGAUUACUAUCUCUAUAUUAUGCGUGAGAAGAAAACUCCCUCUUUAGGUAAAACUUAUGGGGAUUUUUCUCUCUGUGCAUCUUUCUCUGCUAGUUUUGUCUCAUUUUAUUCGCAUUAUCUGAGGGACAAGCUUACAUUUUAACCAAACGGUGUCUACCAUGUCUUUUCUUUCACCUCCAAGCUUAAAGUGCAGGAUUGUAAGGCAGCAUGAUGACUGAACGCAUCCAAUGUGGACACCGAAUGCUGACGUGCUUCUGUCACUGCACACUGGUGUAGGCGAGGUGUACAUGUCAUACAGUCGCAGUCAAUAAUCAAAGAUUAAGUUAAGGAACUAUACCACAGUUAAAAAAACUGCUAAUAUGCCUGUGCAUAUACAUUUAUUCAUGGAUUUCUUGCUACAUGCACAACUACAACAUUUAAAGCCUCUUUUUUUUACAUGUAAUAUGGUUUGAAGGUAUACUGUAUGUGCAGUAGAUGUGUUACAUUGGUAGAAAAAUAACAACAUUUUAGGUGUUUUGAUGGUAAAAACCUGCUGAGUUAUGACUCUCAGGUAUGUUUCAUCUCAAUAUUAACGUACAGAAAAGCACUUCUGCCUUAUGAAUACAAGUUUCUAUGUUUUUUUCUGUACAUAUAUUUCUACAUUUGUACUUGAGAAGACUUUGGAAACAAAAAGAAAAUCUUGGCCUCGAUUUUCUUUUUAAACUGUCGUCGGCAGUGCAACAAAACUUGACCUGUUGGUGCAUUUUGUCAACAACCAAAGUUUGUGUGUUUGUUUGCGUGGAAAUCCAAUUUCUCAGGCUCUCGACUUCUCACUUUGAAUGUCAUGCAGUUUAUUUCGCACGUGUCAUUUUCUGUGUACUGUAUACUCUCUUCAAGAUAAACUUGUUUUGAUCAUCUUCAGCCCCAACACCGCGGGGUACUGCCAACUUUUUAAAUACAUGUAGAAGUAGUUGUGCUGUAAAAUAUGAACUCAGAUGAUUGACUUGUGCCAACAUUUGUAUUUAGAAGCCUGAAAUAGUCUGAAAGCUUUAUACACUAGACUAAAACAUCUUUGUGUAUUUAAUAUGUGUGUGCUGCAGUACCUAUUUAUAAUUAUCAUUGCAUCCAUUAAAGGAUAGAAGAUAUUUCUUCUCA